UACAGACUGGUCGCAGAGCGAGUCCCUGUCACGUUCGACCCGCACGAUCAAGCCGCCCUGCGAGCCAUUGAGGCGGCACAUCUCCUGAAGCCCAACGCCAUCGCCCGCGCCGAAUGGAUCAAACCGGCGGAGCGCCGCUUUGCGGGGCAGCGCACGGCAUUCUUGAUGCUCACGGUGACUGGCAUUGAUCAGGCGAACACAGCACUGAAGGGUCUUCUGAUUGCAGGGCGCAAGAUUCUAGUUCGGCGGGACAUGGACGAGCCGAAGCGGUGCGCACGCUGUCAAGCAUUGUCAUGCACCAAACUGCAUACGACAGCGUAUGGCGGGCACUUUGCUCGUGAAUGCAAGGCGGCACACGAUGUUUGUGCGAACUGCGCGGAUAGUCACCCAACCUCACAGUGUGGCGUCGCGGGGGACCCGCAAAGGUACCGCUGCGCUAACUGCAAGGAGAAUGGCCACGCUGCGUGGAAUCGGGCCUGCCCGGCACUG